AUGUCUGCGACUCAUGCGACCUUAGGCGCAGCAGCAGAUGAACGAAAAGCGCGCCUAGCCAAACUCAAAUCCCUGAAGCGCAAGCAACCAGGCGAUGAAAUCGUAGCCCCAGAAUCAACACGCUCGCCAUCACCACCCGCCGAGCCAGAUAUAGCAAAGCUACAUCUGUCUGGAAGAAAUUAUGACCCGGAAGCCAAAGGCCCGAAGCUAGGAUUCGAAGCACCGCCAACAUUGGCCGUCGAGAAGACCCUAGAGCAGCAGGCAAGAGAAGUCGAGGAGGAGAUCAGGAAGAAAGCCGAGGAGGAGGAACAAGACGACAAAGGUGUGGAUCUAUUCAAGUUACAACCCAAGAAACCUAAUUGGGAUUUGAAGAGGGACCUGGAGAAGAAGCUCGAGAUCCUCAAUGUUAGGACGGAAAACGCUAUUGCCAGGAUGGUCAGGGAGAGGAUAGAGGGGGCACAGAAAGCGGCAAAGUCGAAGUCUGGGAAUGGAUCCAUCACAGCUAGCGAGGGCGGAGAGGAAAUGGGAAUGGAAGGUGUUACUCUGGUUGAAGGGGUCAAAUUGAGGGAAAGAGAGGAGGAAGAGGAAGAGAGACGCCAGAAGGAGGAUGAAGAUUUGCAAUAGAGUUAAGAAAACUGUAUGAUAAAGGCGCCAUGAAGGGAUAAGGGAGCAUGGUGGAGUUUGGCGUUCUAAGGAAAAGUGGCUAUAAGCCAGAUGAUCUGCCUUACAAUGGGUGAACCUCCUGAGGUUCUUCUGUGAGAAUCGAGACAUUGGGGCUGAGCGAUAUUUUAUGUUGUACUCGUCAAAGCCUCUACUGUUCUCCCUUUUACGUCCGCAUCAACAAUUCGCUUUUCUCUUUGUUGCACAAUGCGAUCCUGGC